CUCGGCCUUUUUGCGUCCCUCUUCUCGACCACCAAGUGAAAACCGGUUAUUUCGUUUGCAAAUCUUCGAAUCCUCUACGCGGUUGCCAUUCAUUUUUCUCCGUGUAUUUCGAGCCGGACGAGAAACAAAGGUCGUUCAGCAAUGCAUCUAAAUAUCUCGAUUCGUCGUUUCGCUUCGAUUUAAUGCACGAUGCUUCCUCUCGGUUAUACAGACUUCGAAUCCUAGUUUGCGAAUUGAACUUUCACGGUGAUUACUUGGUGUUGUUUGUCGAAGCGUAUUCUCCCAGAUCCCGCAGAAACCUAGUAAUAUUUUGUCUCGUGGUUUCAACUUUGAAGUGCAGGCUUUUGAACGUUUUACUAGUGAUAUUUAUCGAGAAGCUAAUCGAGUCGAGAAUUUAAGGUUAGACGAUGAACUGUGUAAAAGUGAGAAUCGCGCAGCGUGUAUAAUUACAGGACGCGAAUGAAUAAGACGUGCUCGGUCACGAUCUAUAUUGAGAAGGAAAAAAUUCAAAACCAGAUCCCCCGCCUCGUGGCUCCGACUGGGCAUCGCCAAGGGGCCCCGAAGACCGGUUAGGCCUUGAGUGCAGGUCGCACCUCGACACCUUCUGCACUCGAACCUCCGACGCGAACACGCGAUUCGAUGAGAACAUUCUGUCACGCAUCUUUCGAAUCGUCGCUCGUCGCUGUCGGUAUACCCGUGCAAAAAAACUUUCUCACUUUUUCUUCUCAGCGGACGGAACAUUUUUACCGAUCGAAAUUGACUCCUUCGAUACAUAGAAUAGAAAGAUACGAAUAGAAUUUUCCAUUCUAAUUAUAGCGAUAAUCGAUAUUCGAGUAAAAUUUCAAAACGUGAUAUUCCACUUUUAUAGGGCAAGGAAACAUAACCUAUCUUCCUAUUAAGAAAGUUUAUUAUUUCUUUCUUAAACGAGUUUCAGAAUUUUCUUUGUGGGAUCGUAUUAACUACCACGUUGAUUCUUAAUGCGUUUUACUUCCUUCGGAAGGCUAUACAUUGCGGUAGCAUUAAUAAUUUCUACGUCUAAGAUUUAUAAAAAGAAUCGGUCGAAGGGAAAACGUGACUUUUUCAAAAACUUAUUUUUUAAGCGAUAUAUAUUAAUAUAAUUUUUUCGUGUAAUUUUUCAAAAAAAUUUUUUUUUUUCCUAACAAAUGACUGCGUCGCACAACAAAUUAUAUACGAUAAUAAUGCUUCCUUAUCUAUUCGGAAUAAUGCUCGCGCAACUGAUAUUGUUUGCGAAUAUGAAUCACACAACGGAAAUAAUAAUAAUAAUAAUACCAAAAUUCACGUUAAAAGAAUACUUUCGGGAUAAAACUUGACGUUAAUGAUUGUAACACGAGUUCGAGGCUCGAAAGGUUGUAUUAGAAGAGGGACGGAAUUGGGGGGGGCGCUUCCAAUAAUUUUUUAGGGUCUAUCGACCCCCCGGAUCCUACGCACCUGGCGAUUCGAUUGACGAAAAGCAGAAGUUUCCUUUUAAAGAGCGAAAGGCGUAUAGACAAGCGGUGUAUUUAUUAUUAUUUUUGCCAGAUGAAGCGAGUCAAUGCGGCGCGCACAAUGAAAAUGGGGAAAAGAAUAAAAAUGAAAAAUAAAAAGUCCGUUUUGCGAAAUUCUGUCGUAAACGAAGUCUUGACUGUUUCCGUGGGAGAACCGGUCUGUUGGCACGACGCCUUUCGAAUAAACUUCACUCGAGGCGCGGAUCGCCUCGAUUUCCGUGCAAUUCAAAUGCAUCAACUCCCUAUUAAAUGGCCGCCUUUGUUCUGGCUCGUGUGUCCUCCCGGAUUCGAUCGAGUUUCAUGUACGUUAUUUCGUAACAUCCCACGUCCCCGCGAUAACACCGAUACAAUGGUAUCGUACAAAUUCGUCAGUCAUUUUCCAUGCUCGAUAUUUUUGCCCGCGUUGCGUGCAUGCCUGCUCGCCGGAGGAAUAUUCUGUCGCUUCGCUAUGCGCUCUUCGAAACGGGUAAAAGUGUAACGGUAAAAAAGAAAGAAGGAAAAAGAAAAGAAACGGUGAUUGUGCGCGGUGUUUCGUUAAACCGAGUGAAUAGUUGAAUAAUGUACAAAUUGCCGUCGCCGUACAACAAGCAGUCGGCAGUCGGGGGUGCAGGUGGCGGUCCUGGCGCUGGAAGCACGAGCAUACCCUUGCCAGCCACCGUAGCUGCGACCAGGAGGUGUCCGCCGGACAAGGUUAGGCCGGCUCCUACGCCCACGCAUCAGACGCAACUCGGUGGUUUGAAGCACGGGAACGGCGGUAUUGGCAGCGCGAGCAGUUCCAGAAGCACGAGUCCGAGUCAACAACAACAAUCGCCCCAAACCGGACUCUCCUUCAUUCCCCAACCGAGAAAUCAAAAUUCGACCAACAGGCAACCCUCCACCACCACCCCGAGCCCUCGAGCCUCGACGGUGGGCAAACCCGGGGGUGUGAGGGGCGGCGGCCAAUCCUCGCCGUACGCGCCCCCCCAGCAAAACAAGAACUCCGUGCUGGACAAGUUCAAGCUUUUCAACAACAAGGAGAAGAACCAAGACCGGGGCAAGGCCUCGUCCGGCGUCUCGAAGCGUACCUCGAGCUCGUCCGGCUUCUCCUCGGCCAGGUCGGAACACUCGGACAGCUCGACGUCCCUUUGCGACCAGAGCAAGCUGCAGGUCGAGUCGCCCAAGAGCCGCGCGCUGAAGUCCAAGUUGCAGUCGGCAAACAAGGCUGGCAAGCAGGCGAGCCCGAAGACCGGGAGGAAGGAGCAGAGCAGCAAGGGGCAGAGCAAGAUAGCGCGGACGAAGGGGGCGGCCGACAAGUUGCUCGUCUACGCGGCCCCGCCCCUCGAGGAUGUCAAGCCGAGCGGCAAGAUCGCCGCCUCGGGGACCAAGAUGCCUCCCUCCGUCGAGAACAAGAAAUCCUCGAACCUGCACGAUUUGUUGAAACAGCAACAACAACAAUCGAGCGGUGGCCAAGCUUUGCAAAAGGCGAACCCGUCCGUGCUGUUGACAGGCGCUAAACAGAUCGGGGGACAGCAAGAGAUCGCUGGGAAGAAUCACUCGAAGAACGAGAAUCUGGCGAGGCAGCAACCGAUCGCUAGGCCGAGGAUGGAAUUGCCGGCCAAGCUGGACGCGACCAAGAUCCACCCGCAAAAGGUGCCGCCGAACGGGUUGAACAAAGAUAUCCUCGCUCAGAAAGGUUUAUUGUUGAGCAACGGGAUGAUGAAACAGGCAGAGGACCACGACGAGGGGCUCACCGACGAGAAUAAUUCGACGAUCGAGCGCACUUUGUCCAUGAACCAGGCCAAUCUGUGCGAGAGGAUGGAAGGGAAACGGAAGGAGAUCGGUGUAGACCGCGAAGAUCAAACGCUGGACGGAAAACAAGGGCAGGUCGCGUGUAUAAAAGGCGGGCGAGCCGAGACGCACGAGUUCGAGGGGAACGGAAGGCAAACGCCGUCUUCCUUCCUGCCUCGCAACCUGACGGACGCAACGAGCGUGGCGAACGACGCGAAAAUGGCGAGCAUCGAAGAAGCGCCGGCGGCCACGAUCGGGCCGACGAUCGCCGCGCCCCCUUGCCACGUCGAGCAGCAGCAACACCACGCGGUGAAUUUUGGCGCGGGGAAACAGCACUCGGUGGCGGGCAGCGGGCCGUUGCAAGGCUCGAGUUUGAUCGGGAGUCCGGGCUCCAGCAUUCCGAAGCCCACGGCCUUGGUGAAAGGCACCUCGAAACCGCCGAAGGAAAACAACAUGCCGGGCGUACCGACGCCCACAAAAUUAAAAGCAGACGCUUUGCAUCGCAAGCUCGAUCCGAAUACGGUCGCAAUGGUCUCGCCGAUGCCAAGCAUAUCUGAUCUAAUGUCGGAGAGUUCGCACAGCAAUUCGAACAGCACGGGCCAGAGCAAUUCCAGCGACAGCAGCGUUAUUUACAGGCCGAGCAGCGAGAGCGGGAGCGAGAUCAAAACUAUACCGAAUAGAAAAAUCGACACCACGUUCGAGCAAAUGGAGAAGGUUUUGUCCGAGAGUUCAACGUGCGGAGGAGGAGGAGGAGGUGGAGGCGGGGGAGGAGGGGGGAUGGGCGACGAGGAAGCGGAGAUGACGGUGAAGCCCAUGCAACCUCUGCUGCGCGGUUACACGCCUGGCGCGAGGGCCCUUCAGACCUUGCCUAGCAGAACGAACGCGCGACAGUACACCAUCCUUCAUUCCUCUUCUCAUCAUCAUGUCGGUCACGAUUACGCGGACAUCGACGUCGCCUCCGGUUAUCUGAGCGACGGGGAGGUUCUUCGCGGUGGCAUGACCGUCGGUAGCAGGACCCUGUCCGACUUGUGCGAUGGUUACAUGUCCGAGGGCGGUGCUUCGUUGUACGCGCGUAGAAUCAAUCCGUCUUACGGUCAUGAUCACGAGAGAUACGUGGGCGGUUCGAGGCGAGAGUUGUCAGGGGUGAAGGAACUGGUGACCUCGAGGAGGGUGCAGAAGAGACCCUCGGCGAACGUCGUAAGGUCGGAUGGAGGUUGCAUCGGGAACAGUCCAGGAAACGGCGGUGUGAUCGCGGCCGGCUUGCUGGGCGGCUGCAGCGGCGGCAACGACGCCUUAGCCGAGUUAACCAUCGAGGACCUGGCAUCUAUUCCCGCCGGAAAUCACACCUCCGCCAAUCACACAGGCCAUUCCUCUCAUCACAAGAGGGUGCCGGGUGGUGGAGGCGUGAUCGUGGGGGGUGGCGGUAAUUCGGCCACCCCCCAAGGUGCACAGCAGGGCAGCAACCUGGUGUACCGCGUGGUGAGCUCGAGGCAUCCUGGAAGCGGGCAUCAUCCGCACGUGAAGAAGUCGGAUAGCUCCCAGCAAACCGACAGCUCGGCGUUCAAGCAUCAGCAGCAACCGGGUUUGAACAGCAGCUCGGCGACGAACAGCAGCUCCAACAGCCAGCAAUGGAAAAAGUAUAUCGAGGCUGGAGCCGCGAGGGAUCGGGAGAGAGACAAGGAGGGCGCUCCUCCGAGUCCUAGUCCCUCCAGGCGAUCUCAGGACAAACAUCGGAAGCAGGCCAUGGCUGAAUAUGCGAACGGCGAAAAACCGCAGAAAGUUUCAUCGGGAACGUCGACCAGCGGCGGCAGCGGGAAAGUUAGGGGCGUGCCUCAAAGUUUCGGUUACGUGAAGAGGCACAGCGCCGGCACCAGCCCGAGCCCGAACGGAGUUCAAAAUGGUGGCAAGGAUUCGACGAGAACCGCCCAAGUUAGCGCUGUUCCAAGGACUAAGGUCAAAGUGUCGGGCGGCACGCAAACGUGUACCACCGAGCUUCAAGCCAACUCCUCGACGCCUAACCAGGGCCACCAUUAUAAGAGCUACAGCCUCACCGGGCCGAGCGCCAGCCAACUGUCCCAAUCGGUGCGCGAUCGGCUUAUGCUCGGCUCGCAGAGCCUGCCCAAGCCUGGAAGCCCAGAAUUCACCGCGUUGUUCGCGUCUGCGCAUCACCGCGAGCGGGGGUCGGGCGCGGGGCCUACCGCCACCUCCUUCUCGCCACGGGUGCUCAAACCGUCUGAUGGAAGUCUGAGCGACACGUGCAGUAAUUACGCGGCCCCUGAUCUCCAAGGAUAUUACACUCCCAACAGCCCGUAUACCACGUCUUGGAUGAGACACAGCAACACGUACACGCCCAGCGGUCGUUCUCAAGGGAUGGGAUUGUGCGAAGCGGACAGCGUAGAGUCGCUGGGCUCGCAUCGGGCAAGUUUGACCCACGCUCGUUUGUUGAUACAUCAAAGAGACUCGACGGGAUCGCCAGCCCCGCCACGGCUCAACAGAAGCAAUUCCAUUAGCCAUCUGCGGGACAGGACAUUCCCAAGAUCCACGAAAAGUGAAAAAAUGUAUCCGUCAAUGUUAGUUAGAGGAAGUGGUGCCUCAUCCUCCGUCGGCGAGGAAGUCGGAGUCGGGAUAGGGAUGAGCGUAGGCGUUGAACCGUAUUACAGUGUUCCCGUAGGAUCUACCGGGUGUACCGGCCAACACUGGUCUCAACCGACCUCUCCAACGCCCACGCACACUUCUCGUCAACCACCCAAUCUUUACCAACACGUGCACAAGGAUGAUGAUAUCCAUGGUUCUUCUGUAUCUUUGGUAUCGACAGCAAGCAGUCUAUACAGUUCGGCCGAGGAGAAACAGGCACACGAGCUGAGAAAAUUACGGCGAGAACUCGUAGACGCCCAAGAGAAGGUCCACUCGUUGACAAGCCAGUUAUCGACCAACGCUCAUGUGGUGUCGGCUUUCGAGCAAUCCUUGUCCAACAUGACACAACGUUUGCAACAACUGACCGCAACGGCCGAAAAGAAAGACUCGGAGCUUCAAGAAUUGAGAGAAACGAUCGAGAGGCUUCGAAAACAGAGCGCCGAGGCCAGUUUAAAUAAUGGAACAACGGGCGCGAACAACGGUCGCCGUCACACUCUCGGCGAUUCCGAUUCCGGGACAACAGGAUGCACCGGAAACAAUAACCAUCAAGGUGCCUCGAUGGCGAGGCAAUUGUCCGCGGACAGCGUCACCUCGUUAAAUUCGUUGAGCAGCGCCUGCUCGGCCAGCAGUCAUCACAAGAAGAAAGGUUGGCUACGUAGCUCCUUCUCGAAGGCUUUCUCGAGAUCACGGAAAAACAGGCACGGCUCGGUGUCCGACGCUGAAGAUUGCAAGGAGAACGCCAGCGGAGACUUGAGCGCGCCGAACAGUCCUAGAUUGCCCAGCGCCUCUAAACACGAGUCUUCGCGAGGCGCUCAAAACGGUAGAAGCAACGGGCAGAAAUCCCCUGAAGUUGAAAAUCCAUUGACAGGAAGCAAAAGCAGUUCGGCUUUGUACAAGAAAGAGGACGAGGACGUGGUGGAAUUGAAGAAACAACUCAGGGAAAAAGAUCUUGUGUUGACGGAUAUCAGACUCGAGGCUUUGUCUUCGGCGCACCAAUUGGAAUCGUUGAAAGACACUGUGAUCAAAAUGAGGAACGAGAUGCUUAAUUUAAAGCAAAAUAACGAACGUCUACAGAGACUAGUGACGUCAAAAUCCUUAACGUCCUCUCAAUCAUCGUUACCUAGCGAUCCAGAUAGACGUUUCAGUAUGACGGAAGUGGCCUCCACUGUUGCCGCGCUUUCAAAUGGUGAUACUAGUACGACAACUGACCAAUUAGAAGAUUUAAAUGUACCGGAACAUUCAGUGGUACCAUCGACCACGUCGACUACAGGAGAGCCAACUUUGGAACAAGAUACGGACGGGAAAAGAAUUAACGUCGCUAUCUACCUAGGCAGCGAGAAAAAUUUCAACUAUAAUCUCGUAACUGGAAGCACUUCGGACGGCAGUAUCGGUGAACCUCCUCAUUGUAUCAUCGCGAGUGUUUGCAUCAGUAAUAAAACUACCUGGGACUCCCUUGAUUCCACCGUAAGGCGUUGUUUCAAGGAAUACGUUUCGAGAGUUGAUCCCGUGACAAAUUUGGGCCUAGGAGUUGAAUGCGUUGCUGCUUAUCAUCUUGGAGAAGCUUCUAGAUGCACUACAGAUUCUCAACAUCCAGAAUUGCUUCCUUGCGGCUACUUAAUCGGUCACGUAAAGACCAUUUAUUUGGUACUUUCUGGUUAUUCGUGGCUCGCUGUCGAUACUUUAAUACCACGAUCGAUUGUGCAGCGAUUAAUAUCUUUGCUAACCGAACAUCGUAGAGUCAUUUUAUGUGGACCUAGUGGUACUGGCAAGAGCUAUUUGGCUGGAAAAUUAGCUCAUGCAUUGGUGGAUGCCGAUAAUGAUACGAAAGAUGCUACGGCUGUAGCCACGUUCAACGUGGAUCACAAAUCCAGUAAAGAACUUAGACAAUAUCUCGCUCAUAUCGCCGAAAGAUGUGAUUCGAAUGCAGCUGAUGAAUUACCAAGGGUAAUCAUUCUCGAAAAUUUACAACACGCUGCAUCUUUAGGAGAAUUAUUCAGUGGCUUGCUCGGUACUAGACACUCAUCUUGUCCAGCUAUUAUUGGCACCAUGAGUCAAGCUACUUGUAGUACCACGAAUCUUCAAUUGCAUCAUAAUUUUAGGUGGGUACUUUGUGCUAAUCAUAUGGAACCAGUUAAAGGAUUCUUAGGCCGCUAUCUCAGACGGAAACUGCUGGAACACGAAUUACGCGAAUGUGGUGGAACUAGAAACGCAGAAAUGGCAGCUGUUGUCGAAUGGUUACCCCGAGUGUGGCUACAUCUUAACAAGUUCCUAGAAAGUCAUAGCAGUUCCGACGUCACGAUAGGACCUCGACUAUUUCUAUCCUGUCCGAUGGAAGUAACAGGUUCUCAAGUAUGGUUUACGGACUUAUGGAACUAUUCUGUAGUACCAUAUUUGGUGGAAGCAGUCAGAGAAGGAUUGACACUUUACGGCAGACGCGUUAGCGGAAAUGGAAACGGAGAUUCUUCUUGGGAAGAUCCAGCUCAAUUUAUCACUUCCAGUUAUCCUUGGAUUUCUACGCAUGCUGUACACGGUGGUAGUGAUGCUCUACUUCGUUUAAGACCAGAAGACGUUGGUUACGAUGUUGUUACGUCCGGACACACUUCUGGAGUUGGUGCAUCAAGCGUGAAAAGUCUUGGUAGCACGCAUAGUGAUACUGAAGGAGAUCCUCUACUGAAUAUGUUGAUGAGAUUACAGGAAGCAGCCAAUUAUUCGAGUCCUCAUAGCAACGACAGUGAUUCGGUUACUUCCCUUGAUUCAUCGCACACUCGACAUUCGGAAGACUUAAGUUCAUCAACAUCUUCGUCAAGAGGUGUAGAAUCGGCUCUUUAAUUAGCAAUGCUAUUGUCAUUAAGGAAAAUGAAAUACAACCUGAAUAUGAAUAUCUAUGAAUAUAAUCGUACAUCAGGCCAGUUUGUAAUAUUCCAUUUUAAAAAUAACGAUUUGCGUAUGAGAGUAUAAAAAAAUCUAAAGAAGAAAAGAAACGAAAAAGAAAUCAAAAAUAAAUUUUGGAUAUCUUUAUGAUAUAAAUCUUUUCUUUUUAAUAUUUUAUGACAAAAAUAUCAAACAAACAUUAAACAGUCAAGCUAGAAACAAAGACUAAGAUAUUUUCAGCAAUGCGUGAUAGGAUGCUCUUUAUAAAAUACGUCCUUCCAUUUGUUCUUACGUAAAGCAGCGAUGUGCAUUAAAAAAAUGAAAUUAAAAAUGUCAAGAAAAAUUUUUUAAUGCCUACAGCUGGCCUAUAUUUAUUCUAGUUUUUAUGUGCGCCAUGCACUUUGGUGUGAUAUGUAAUUAAAUAAGUAAGAGAUAAACAAGCGAUAUUUCUAUGUUCUUUGGAUAUAAUGACGUAUAAAUAUGUACGUCAUCACGCAAUGCAAUAAUCUACGCUGCCGUUAUGGAAGUACGAGUCUAUUUUAAACAAAUACAUUUCUAUGAUUAAAUCAAGUACGAUUAAGUGUAGCUUAAUGCGACUUUACUCGAGAAAUUUGGAUGGAAUAUACAGUAUUAUUAUAGGGAGUAAAAUAAAAGGGCUUCGAACUGAGCCAAGAUUUAGGAUCGAGGAACCAUCGUUUCUUUCGUCCACUACUUUCAGGUAAAAUAGCUUAUCGUAUGCGAUACACAGAUCUCAUGGACGGACCGCUCAAUGGAGUAUUGUUUCGCCUUCAGAAAUGUAGCACAGUUCGAAGUGGGUACUGAUGAAUGUGCGUGCAAAAAUAGUCUAUUUAUACAUACUUUGCUACAAAAGUUCUAUUUAAUUAAAGAAUGUUAAUAUAAUAUAUAUAUAUAUAUAUAUUAUAUAUAUAUAUAUAUAUAUAUUAUAACAUAUUAUAUAUAUAUAUAUAUAUAAUAUAAUAUAUAUAUACACAUACACAAUCUAACGAUGGCGCUAAAUUUAUGUUACGAAUUAAAAUUUAUAAUUAGCUAGUAAGAUACGUGAGUAAUUCUGGUCAUGUAACAUUGUAAAUACAAAAGACAAAUGAAAUGUACGAUGACGCUAGAUACAAAUUUGAUUCGAAAUCCCAUAGUAGCCUGCAAGAUCUCUUUUAAUAAAAUGACGUGUAAAGUGUAUAAAGAAAAAGGGAAAAAGAUGAAAUGCAAAGGAAUUGAAUCCUUCGUGUGCAAUUUGUCAGAUUGUAGCGCAUCAAAAUGAUAAAAAAUAACAGGCUACAUAAAAUAUACAUAGUGUACAUGUUUGAUAAGCCUUGAAGUCGAUUUCAGAGUUCGAUCGAUAUCAUAAUGUCCAUGAAUACGAUGUGCAUGUAAUAAUUAUACAGUCGCAUUUACAGGUUUUUUACGUUUGUACCGUAUUUAUACGCUGUACGACGCUGCACUGGAUCUUCAUUCAAAUAACGAUAAUUAUCGUGUCAUCAAAUAAAUUACACUAAACUUUA